AUGGUGGCUUCUAUCAUUAGGCCAAAGUUAGCUCCGGACUCUGUUGAGUUAAGCACCCAACAAUUCGGAACUCCUUUAACCCAGUCGAGCAUGACCAGUGACGAAUACAAGUCAGCAGUAUUGCAAGCGAAAGAACACAUUCUUGCAGAAUCUGAUUUCCACCUCCUUGAUGGCAACAAAGUUUAAGUCCCUUUCAUGACCAGCAAGAAAAAACAAUUCGUUCGUGAACAUGAUGAUUUGAAAGUACUGGGUCUUCCCUACUUGAAAGGACAAGAUAACCAUAAACGCCAAUUCACAAUGUACAUUUUCCUCCCAGACGCAAAAGACGGCCUUCAAUCUUUACUACAGAAAAUUGAUUACACACCAGAGUUUUUUGAACGUCACAUUCCACGCGAAAUGGUAGAAGUCGGACAGUUUUUGAUACCAAAAUUGAACAUCUCAUUCGGGUUUGAAGCGUCUGAUAUGUUGAAAGAGUUCGGGCUUGUAUUGCCUUUCAACAGUACGGAUGGUCCGAUCAGCAUUCACCAAAAAUCAUUUGUGGAGGUGAAUGAAGAAGGUAUAGAAGCUGCACCUGCAACACUUAUGAUGGACAGUUCAGCAAGAAUGGCUCGUGAUAAAGUUGAUUUGGUGGCUAAUCACCCAUUCUUGUUUGUGAUUAGAGAAGAUGUGAGCGGGGUCGUGUUGUUUAUGGGGAAAGUGAUUGACCCUAGUGUUGUUGAAUAG